GCACGAAUCUCUCGCGCCUCGCUCGCUCUCUCGCUCUCGCUGCGCCCAAUGCUUUGUCGCGCCAGUGCACAGCUGCUGCGACAGGCGCAACCCUACGUCUGCCUGCCAUGCUUGCGCCACCAGCUGCUCCGCCCGGCCCUGCCCAAGCCCGCCACCCGUCGCCUUCACGCGCCCGCCGAGCCUGCCUCUGCCUCUCCACCCGAAGACGACGCUCAACCCUCGACCAAGGUCCGCUAUCUCGGAACCAAGAAGGCCAAUGAGCCCACCGCAAAGGGGAAAAAACUGGCAAAGAAGGCUGCGAAAAAGAAUGCCAAGCCUGCGAAGACGCCAGGCGCCGAGCCGGCCAAAUUGUCCAAAUGGCAGAGGCGGAAGAUAAGGCGCGAUGCACUGAAAGCAGCGCAGAAGCAAGAUGCCCUCAAUGAAACGCGCCAAGAGAAUAGCAACACGGAUGUGCUGGUUGAAGCGGCUAACAACCCGCUCCCGCCCAAGGGAAGGAAACGGACUGAUACAACGAGGACUUUGAGCGAGGUCUUUGCCGACAUAGCUGGCAAAGUCACCAUCAAAGAGGCGCUCAAAGCCCCAACUGUUGCAUCGACCGAGCUUCUCGGGCCCGAGGCUGAAAUCGUGCACUCCGACGAACUUGCACUACACCCACUCGAUGUUCCUCAGCCGCCCGUUCCACAUCUAGCCUACGGGUUAGACAGGGCAUUAUUCAACCCUGGCGUGUAUGCUCUGCAAGACACAAGAACUCAUGUCUACAACUUUGACCCCUACCUUCAAAAGAUCAUGCCCGUCGCCGACUUUGAUUUCAAUUCCCUGUCGCGAUACAUCACUUCUUCCCAAGACGAGGUUCUCUCCCGAAUUGCGCGGCAGGAGGGCAAAAAAUAUGUUGGAUCUACCUCAAGUAUGACGGCGGCCUUGGCCCAUUUCCACUUCCUUCUGUCCCAAUGGAGACCGAUCAGCAUCUCAAUGCUUUCAAAGGGCUUCCCGGAGACGCUCCAGACGUUUACCAAAAUCAAUCGACUUCCUGCUCCUAUUUUUCUCCGAUGGAAAAAUGGCACUUACGCCAUCGAUGCUGACAAAGAAUUCGAUUCGGCAAACAUCCUAAGCAUGCUGGGCAAAUCGAUGGAGAAGCUUUUGACGCUGCCCACUGAUGAAUACGAACGGUACAGGCGGAAAAGCCAGAACCGGAUCACUGAGGAGGAGCGCAAUGAACCGGAAGCUUACCAUUACACAACCAUGGGUGACAUGCUCAUGCGCUCGCAGCUUGAUGCUUACGAUAGCCGUCUCCCUGGAACUGGUAUGUUUGACUUGAAAACGCGAGCUGUUGUAUCCAUUCGCAUGGAUGUUUCGCAAUAUGAGGAAGGCAUGGGCUACCAAAUCCGGUCCGAGCUUGGCAAAUGGGAAUCAUUUGAGCGCGAGUACUAUGACAUGAUGAGAUCCACCAUGCUCAAGUAUUCUCUUCAAGCUCGGAUGGGCAGGAUGGAUGGCAUCUUCGUCGCAUUCCACAAUGUUGAACGAGUCUUUGGUUUCCAAUACAUCAGCAUUGAUGAGAUGGACAAAGCUCUGCAUGGUGUCAUUGAAAAUGAUGCUCGCCGUCUGGGAGAUGCUGAGUUCAAAUUGAGCAUAGACCUAAUGAACAAGGCUCUGAACAAGGCUACAGAAAGAUUCCCCGAGACCACUAUCCGCUUACAUUUUGAAACACGCGAGACAAAAUCCAACUUCAUGUACGUUUUUGCAGAGCCGGUAACGGAUGAGGAAGCCGAUGCCAUCCAAAACGGCAACAAAGCACGGAUUGAAGAAUGGGAGAGACGUGUGCUUGGCCUUGACGAUGCUGAGACCGAAGAGGUUGCCUCCGCGGAGCAUGAUGAGAACGCAUUUGAAAAUGAUCAUGAUACCAACGGUCAGGCUGAGGAAUCGUCGGUGGACGACGUGGCGAAGGAAUUUUCAAACGGUGAUGUGGCAAUGCCAGACAUCUCCGCCGCCGAAGAUAAUUACCAGCACGAAUCGACCCUCACCGAGCCGCACAAUUUGCCAGAGGCAGACAUCAACACUUUCACUCUGGACACGCCCAUUGAGGCUGACGAAGGUGCCGAAGCGCUAGCUGAAGCAGACACCACAUCAGAUGCUUCGAAACCGGAGGCAGCCUCCGAAUCAGAGACAGCCACCGAAAUUGACGUGUCACGUCCUUUGGCUGGUUGGAAGCUUAAAAUUUGUAACAAGCAUGACGGAAAAAGAGUCUCUCGGCUGAACCAUCUUGGUGCAGGCGAAGUAUGGGGCGUUGAAUAUCAGUUCGACGAAAUGUCGCCGGCAACGACUCGUAAAUUUUACCAGGCUUGCAAGUCCAGACGCAAGAAGCUUCUUGAAACCUUGAUGGACGAGGGGGAGCAGGACGAGGAAAGAGUGCUCGACUACUACAGGCGUAUCUUGAGGGAUCUCAGCCAUCAAGGCCGCGCCUGGAGAGAUUGGAUGGAUAGUAUACAGAAAGGGAAGGAGCCAGUCAUCUUCGAGCCUGCCGCCGGGUCGAACUCUAAGUCGAAGCGACGCGAGGAAGAAGGUCCACAAGUCGAUGAUGCAUCGGAGGAAAACCAGUAAAUGUUCAACAUUUAUUCGACUACAUGAAGUAUCGAGGAUGUUGCAUUCCACGGCUUGAACUGCCGCGUUGGGGUCUACUGUAUACUUAAUGCAAAAGCAUGAUUUACGACUGGGUCGUAAUAAAAAAAAAACGACCCCGGUUAGUCUUUCUACUCUAUUUUUUCCAGCCCACGUGGUGCCAAACCUGUAUAAGUAUAUAGCGUGAUACAGUUCUACAAAGGAAAUGAAAGCAUCC